AUGCUUUCCAAUCACAACACCAUUAAUACACUCAACACUUAUCACUAUUUCCACUGCUUUUGGCCUAAAUGUCACUAUAAAACCCGUAAUGAAAGCCAUUUAACUGAUCAUAAAGUAAAGCAUACAAAUAUAAAACAAUUUAAAUGUACUUUUAAUAAUUGCAAGAAAGCUUAUAAACAAUCGGCUCAUUUACAACUACAUAAAAAUAUCUAUCAUUUAAACGUGAGAUAUGUAUGCGAUUGGAGUGAAUGUCACAAACAGUUUACACAAAACCGUUCAUUACUUCAACACAAAAGUGCUGUUCAUUUGAGAGAAAAGAAAUUCAAAUGCAAUGAAGAAAAUUGUGGCAAAAGUUUUGGCCAUAAAUAUAAUCUCCUUCAACACAAACGCAUACAUUCGGGUGAAAAGCCAUUUGUUUGUCAUUUCAAUGGUUGUAAUAAAAGAUUUAAUAAAAAAUAUUAUUUUAAUAAACAUUACAAAAGGCAUCUGGAUAUAAAACCGUUUAAAUGCAAUUAUAAUGAGUGCAAUAACUCUUAUAUUAAUAAAUAUGAAUUACAACAGCAUAUCAAACGUAAACAUUGUAAUGAAAGUCAGGAAAGUAAUAAAUAA